UAAGGAGACAUUCAGACUCAAGAAAGCACUUCCGUGGAAACCCACUCGUGGAACCCCAAUCCUUCCAUUGACACCAUGGUCAGCUCCUGCUGUGGCUCCGUCUGUUCUGAGGAGGGCUGUGGCCAAGGCCUCUGCCAGGAGACCUGCUGCCGCCCCAGCUGCUGCCAGACCACCUGCUGCAGGACCACCUGCUACCGCCCCAGGUGCUGUGAGUCCAGCUGCUGCAGACCCCAGUGCUGCCAGUCCGUGUGCUGCCAGCCCACCUGCUGCCGCCCCAGGUGCUAUGAGUCCAUCAGCUGCAGACCCCAGUGCUGCCAGUCUGUGUGCUGCCAGCCCACCUGCUGCCACCCCAGCUGCUGCAUCUCCAGCUGCCAGCCCAUCUGCUGCCGCCCCAGGUGCUGUGAGUCCAGCUGCUGCUGCCCCAGAUGCUGCAUCUCCAGCUGCCAGCCCAUCUGCUGCCACCCCAGGUGCUGUGAGUCCAGCUGCUGCCGCCCCAGAUGCUGCAUCUCGACCUGCUGCCGCCCCAGCUGCUGCCAGACCACCUGCUGCAGGACCACCUGCUACCGCCCCAGGUGCUGUGAGUCCAGCUGCUGCAGACCCCAGUGCUGCCAGUCCGUGUGCUGCCAGCCCACCUGCUGCCGCCCCAGGUGCUGUGAGUCCAGCUGCUGCCGCACCUGCUGCUGCCUGCGCCCAGUCUGUGGCCAGGUCUCCUGCCACACCACUUGCUAUCGCCCCACCUGUGUCAUCUCCACCUGCCCCCGCCCCAUGUGCUGUGCAUCCUCUUGCUGCUGAAUCUCUGCUUUGGACACACUACUUCCUCCUUUGUCUUCUCCCUACAGAUGUAGACCCUCCUCUCUAAAAAUGUGGAGUGCUCAAGAUAACUGAUCUCUUGAAUCUCAUAAACAAACCCCUACUGGGCGCACAUUCUAACUUCUGUCUAUACUCCCUCCCUUCUAAAUGAAUUCAUUCAUAAUCUCCUCGUAAAUUAAAUUCCCUCAACAUCCCUCCCUUUGUCUUCAGGACAUCCAUUCUUCAUGAUUAAGGAAUUGGUUUCCAUCACUUACAGGGCCACAGAUUUUAACCCCUCAACAAGGAAUUCCAAUGACGUCUUUCGGUGUACUCUUUUGCAAAGAUUUUCCUAUAUCUGAUUAUGUUCAUGUACCAAAAUAAACUUCUC